AGUUACAACGCGUGGCAAUGUAUUUUUUUGAUAUCUUCCACUGCGACAUUCUGACAAAAUAUUUUGUCAUUAUUUAGUCAAUUGCGGCGGGAGCGUGGGCAUUGCAUCGUGCGCGUUGCUCACGUCUUGCUUGACGUCCACUCGCUCGCUGCUCACUGCUCAGUCGUGCCUCGCUGUCCGUUACUCGCCCGUCAUGCCGAACAGACUACAGUUCAGUCCAGAAAUCAGUAACGAUCGCGGAUCAAUAAUAACGUAUUGUUAAUUAAUCACCGAUAAUGAUUAGCGGAACGCCCAAUAAACGGACAACAAAUCUCGGUCGAGUGCUAACAUUCGAUUUCGUUUUGUGUUCGUUCAAAUAGACGGUUAACUCAAAAGAUCGUUUCCGGUUUAAAUCAGCAUACCCCACCUGGGAAUCGACCGUGUUGCUUUAAUUCAUAACAAUUUGUCUCGACGACCAAGAAAUAUGGAUUACAACAGUAUUGAUGAAGAUGAUGUUGACAAUUUAAGGCUAGCAGCUCUUAUGACGUUAAAAAAAAAAUCAUAUUUACCAAUAAAUACAGCCAAUACAGGAACUAGUAUAUCAGAAAAAUGUCUUCCUCAUAAUAGAUUGGCAUAUAGUAGUUCCUGGGCUAGUUCCUACAAUACUCCUGCAAGAAAUAAUGGAGGAUGGUUUCCUUCAUCAAAUAAUUCGUCCAGUAAACGUUCAUCGCGCAAUGUACAUUUUAAAAAAUCAGUUUAUUCCAAUAGUAAUUUGAUUUCAAUUGUACCAUCUGAUAUUGAAUGUGAUUUAACUAAUUCUACUCUUGCGCUUAAUUCUGAGGUUGAUAAGUCAUCAAAUAUUCUUAGUUCAAGUAAUGAAGUUUCCACUAAAUUCAGCAGAUUAGAACAUGAAUCUGAUUCUGAAGAAAGUGAUGAUAGUGAACCAGAAAUAAAUGAAAGAGAAGAAUCAGAUGAUUGCGAUAUUUUAUCAUUGGGUGAAAAAGAUAAAGAUUUAGAUGAUCUCGAUACAUUAAUGGAUAUUAUAGAGGCUGAAAUUGCUGAUGGAGUGAGUGAAUCAUCUAUCAAUGAAAGUUCAAGUUUAAAAACAAACAACGAUUAUGUGAUAAAAAAUGCUACUGAAUUGAAUACUAACAGAAAUGAACAAAUUGCAUUAAAUCAACCCAAGAUAAUUGAAGACUCUGAAUCACAGUUAAAUCCUUCUAAAGAAGAACUUGAAUCUAUAAUUACUUUAGAAACCAAUACAAACUCUCCAUCUCAAAGUAGUUUAUUGAAAUCAUCUGUUGUUUUGAAAUCUCCAAUGCCAUCUAAUAUAAAAAGAUCAAUCUCUCCUUAUACUAAAUAUUUAAAUAGAUGUUCUACUACAGUUGGUCAUUCAAGGCCUCAACACACAUCUUUAUCUCCUAGAAAUUUAUCACCAAUAAAAGAAAAAAAUCUUUCCCCAGUACGAUAUUCUCCUCCAAAAUCUCAGAAUCCUUCAUCAUCUCCAAAAAAAACACAAGUCAUAUCGCCUGAUAAUAGAAGACAAUCUCAAUUUAUUAGAAAAAGUAUACCCCUACUCAAGAGAAAAUCAAGAUCACCAGAUAAUAGCUAUGCCAUUAAAAAAUCAAAUAGCCCAAUAAAGAAACUAAAGAGAUCAAGACAAAUAUCUCCUAUUAUUCGAUGUGCUGAUAAUAAUUAUCACUUACAGAAAACAGUUAAACUUGAACAUGUUGAUAUACAAGUGGAAAUGAGACCAUUUGAUCCUCCUUUAGAACAGGUGCUCGAUGUUAAAAAUUUAUCCAUACAACAUAAUGAUUCUGUUGAUCUGAGAACAGAACUAAAACGACGAAGAGCUCUUCGACUAAAUAUGAAUGAAUUGGAUUUAAAGAAAAAAUCAGAAUCAUUUUAUCCUACUCGGUUAUUACAGUCUGCAAUUAGAGAUGCCGUUGAUUCAAGUGAUAAUGGAGUGAAAACAAAGAAAUAUUCUAACAAACCAAGAAUAAGAGUACAAACUGAAGGUAAUUCAAAUGGCCGAAGAGUCAUCUUACUUUCAGAAAAUCAAUAUAGUUAUUAUAAUGAUGAAGUAGACUCUUAUUCAAGUGCAAAGAGACUAAAAGGCAAUUGCAAGAAAGUUCCACUUCAUUUACGGGUAACAGGUGUUUCUAAUAAUAACAUGAAACAAAAAGGAUUAAAGAAGAUCAUUAGGCAAAACAUUAAUAUUACAGAUAUAGAUCAGAUGUAAAUAUUCACUACCAUAUUCUUCAGCAAAACAGAAGUAGCAGCAUUUUAUGGCCAUAAAGUAUAUUAUAUUAUUUUGAAAUUGUCUACUUCGAUGACUGAUCAACUAUGUCUACUUAAAAUGUUUUGAUGCUGUGGAUCUUAUGUAUUUUAUGUCAUCAAGUUCUAACUUAUAAACAUCCUUAAUAUAUUUGUUAAUAAAUCAGUAAUCUCACUUUAUUGUUUUUCAAAUUUCAAAAGGUCACUAAUUAAUAUUGUAUUCUCAUUUUAAUUUCCUGUUGAUUAACUUAAAAGAUAAUUUGAUUUAAAAAAAAAAAUUAUCUCUUAAUUACAUAUUAUAUUUAACAUACAUACAUCACAUAAUUAGAUACAAACUGUUUUCUGAUUUGUAUAAAACAUUUUGUUAAGGCUACUGUUCAUGUAUCAAUUAGAUUAAUUUUAUUUUAUUAACUAAAUUUGUAAGUUGUUAUACGUUAAGUAACUUUUUUAAUUGUUAUUUUUUUUUUU